AUGGUUUUCCAAUACUUACAUUACAAAAAAGAUUUAGCUUUCCAAAAACCUUUAGAAAAAGAAACCGAAAAAGAGAAAUUUUUGGUCAAUAACCGUGAUUUAAUUAUUAAAAAAAACUUAUCUUCCACUUAUGGUGCUAAUUAUAAUAAUUCCUUGUUUGCCCCUUUCCUCUUUUUGCGUUUUAUAAAAAAUGAAGCCAGCGGACGAGCCGCCAAUAAUUUGGUGGGUCUAGCCGACUCAACUAAAAAAAUGACUGAAAGAUUAAGAUUUUAUCCCUUUGGACUUUCCGCUCAAAAACAAAUCAAUAAUUUCCUCGCCCAACCAGAAAGAAAUGAUAUUCAAAAAGAUAUUAUUAUUGAGGAGUCAGUUAAAAAUAUCACCCUCCGCCAAGUUUCCUUUGGCAAAGUUAACCACUUAACGGGAGAAAAUGGUUCGGGUAAGAGCACGAUAAUGAGUUUAAUUAUGGAAAAAAUUGCUUAUGCCGAGCAUGAAAAUUUAAUUGAAAAUGGUUUGUCAACCGGACAAAAACAAUUAGCCGAUUUAAACCAGAUUUUUGCUACCAGCGAAAAUAAAGAGAUCUUCAUUUUUGAUGAAGCCGAUAAUGCUUUGGAUGAAAAUAAUAAAAAAGAAUUUCGGCAAAAAAUUGAAAAAAUUAGCAAAAAAAAAUUAGAGUUCGGCUUAAAGGAGGUGGUGAAAAAUCUAAAAAACCUCAAAGAACUCCUAAAAGAUAUGUCUAAAAAAAAGAAAGAGAUUGAGCGGAAUUUUACUAAUAAGUUUAAAGAAUUGCAAAGGCAAAGCGAAGAAAAUCAAAAAUGUUUGCGAGAAAAAUCUGGAAUUGGAACUCUCCCUAGCGAAAGAGAAAAAACUGAUGAACAAAUUAAAGUUCUUAAUGCUUAUAACAAGACAAUUGAGGAAGGUUUCAAAGAAGGAAAAAUUAAUGUUGAAAUAAUUGCCAAAUUGAGGAAAGAAGUGAAGGAAUGA